GGUUUCACAUUUGGCAAAUCUGGAGAAAUUCUUACAAUGAGGCUUCGAUUCAUGGCAUUUAAAGCAAUGCUUAGACAGGAUAUGGGCUGGUUUGAUAAUCCAAAAAAUAGCACUGGAGCACUAACUACAAGACUUGCUAAUGAUGCUUCACAAGUGAAAGGAGCAACUGGUGUCAGACUAGCAUUAAUUGCCCAAAACAUAGCCAACCUGGGGACUGGAAUUAUUAUAUCAUUAAUAUAUGGCUGGCAGCUGACCCUGCUACUUUUAGCUGUUGUGCCCAUCAUUGCAGUGGCAGGAAUGAUUGAAAUGAAGAUGUUGGCUGGGCAUGCUAAGAAAGACAAAAAAGAGCUGGAAGCUGCAGGAAAGAUUGCCACAGAAGCAAUAGAAAAUAUUAGAACUGUUGUUAGCUUGACCCGAGAAAGAAAAUUUGAGUUGAUGUAUGGAGAACAUUUGAUUGUACCAUACAGAAAUUCUGUGAAGAAGGCACAUAUAUUUGGCUUUUGUUUUGCCCUUUCACAAGCAAUGAUGUUCUUUACCUAUGCUGGUUGUUUCCGGUUUGGUGCCUAUCUAGUGGCAAAUGGACACAUGGAGUAUAAAAACGUGUUUUUAGUGUUUUCAGCUGUUGUAUUUGGUGCAAUGGCCUUAGGACAAACAAGCUCUUUUGCUCCAGACUAUGCUAAAGCCAAGAUAUCAGCAGCCCACCUGUUUCAGUUGUUUGAAAGAGUGCCCUCAAUAGAUAGUUACAGUGAGGAAGGACAGAAGCCUGAAACAUUUGAGGGAAACAUAACCAUCAAAGAUGUGGCAUUUAACUAUCCAAACCGACCAGAGGUCAAAAUCCUCCAGGGUUUGAAUCUAAAAGUAGAAAAGGGACAAACUCUGGCUCUUGUUGGUAGCAGUGGCUGUGGAAAGAGCACUGUUGUUCAGCUGCUCGAGAGAUUUUAUGACCCACUUGAUGGAGAAAUGGUAAGUAUUUUUUCAAGAACGUGUCAAUAGAUUUAAGUGAG